AUGUUUCGCAGCAAGAAGGAAGCCAAUAUCGGGCGAAGUUUGCGUGUAACUCUUCUCGAAGGAAGCUUGCAAACGCGAAUGCUUGCUUGUCUGGUAACACUCAGAUGGAAGGCCGAGGAGGUUGGGCAUGCUGCGGGGCCUGGGCUGAGAAGUCGAGCCGCGUUGGGGAACCCGCGUCACUGGGACUGCACUAGUGUGCAUGUGCUUUCUUUUCACAGCUUCUCUCGGGCAGAUACAUUGAAGAUCCGCUUGGAGCACCGGGAACUGGCUUCCCACUAUUCUGCAUACUCCCGUUUGCCCCCGGGGUGCCAGCCUUCUGCAGCUGCUGAGGCUUUGGCCCGUGUUGCACCAGAGGAGAACAUGGGGCCGCCCGAUGAAGCAUUCCACUUGGUGUUCUCCUACGAUCCAUCAAUUCUAUCUGCGAAGACCGGAGCACCCUUUCACUACCUGGAAGGCCAGAGUGUCUCAUUUGUGAACCUUGCAGACACACGAAAGGGCUCCCACAAUGCUGAGGGACCCGUAGCCAAACCCAGGCUCUACAGCGUGGCCUCCUCCCUACUGUCUCCUGACGAAGGUCUUCGUCACUCUUUUUCCUUGUGCGUCCGUCGCCACCGCUUCUGGGGCCCCGAUGGCCAGCACGAUCCUUCAAAAGAUGGCCUUUGCUCCUCCCUACUCUGCACAGCUCCUAUCGGCACGCAGUUUGAAAUAGCUGGGCCUGUGGGUGCUGCCCUCAUACUUCCUGAGGAUAGGAAGACGCCAAUUGUGUUCGCAUGCACGGGUACCGGCGUGGCACCCCUUCGCAGCUUCUUACGACGAAUUUUGGCGGAGCCCCGAGAAGGCCGAGUGGUUGCCUACAUUGGGGCCGCCAGGGCAUCCACCACGCCCUAUGCUCACGAAUGGCGAGAACUUUCUAGGCGACUGCCCACUGAAACGCUGCAACUCCGUUUCGCGUAUUCCAGGGAGAUGAAGGCACCCGGUGGCGGCAAGCUGUAUGUGCAGCAUCUCAUUGACGAGGAUGGAGGGGCUAUUAUAGACCUCUUGCAACAAGGGGCAGUGAUGUACACCUGCGGAAGGAGGGAUAUGCUGCCUCCGAUAAAGUCAGCCCUUCAGGCAGCUGCGGAGCGAUGCAAUAUGGCAUUCGAGCCGUUUUUAAAGCAGCUGGUUGCCACGAAGAGGUGGCGUACUGAAGUCUACUGA